AUGAAGAGAUUACAAGAAUUUGUCGUUGCUACAAUCGUGAUGACAGCCUCACCGUCGGUGUGUCUAGGCUUUCAAUCGUCUACACAAUCAUCGUUGAUGACGAGGAAACUGACUAGGAAACCAACGACAAUAACUGCCGAGAUUGCGUUAUUUCAUCAUUCACCUUUAUCUACUCUCCGAAAACAGUCUUUAGCUCCCCUCUUUGCCACAACGACUAUUGACGAAAUCACUGCAACACCAAAAGUCAGCAGUGUCAGUGUUUGUACUGCCGAAUUGUGCAACUGUCAAGAAGAAGGCUUGUUCUCAGGCGAUGACAUUUUGGAAACCUUGAAGUCCAAGAAUUUGCCGUAUCCAGUAGAAGAAGCUCCCUGCCUCGGUGCUUGUGGUGGCGGUGCAAUGGUAGCCAUUGAUUUUGAAGACGGAAGUGCCGCACUUGUGAGUGGAAUUGAUGAAACCUUGAUGGAAUUGGGACUGACGACAGCAGCACAAGACCAUCAUGGGGACAUUGCGGCCAUUGCUUCGGAAGCGGUCGAAACAUCUUCCAACAUUGCUGUUGACAUAUCUGAGGCGGAACCAUCUGCCACAGGUGCCGACGCGGCUAAUCCAGUUAGCACUUCGUCUGCCAUUUCCUCAACAACAUUGCCAUCUUUUUCCUCAUCUCCUUCCGAAUCUGAUGCGGUUGCUUCCACCACCAACAUUCCUACGCCAGGUGUGCUUUCCAAAAUAGCAGUAACCAAAACAUCAUCACCAUCAUCACCACCACCAUCCUACCAAGAUGCCCGUGAUCGAAUGCGAGCCCAGAAACAAGAACAAGCUGAAUCAGCCAGCAAUCCAUGGUGGACUGCCGCUACCUACUUGGCCCAAAAGGCGAAGGAAUCCAUUAUCAAGGAAUCAAAAUGA